AUGUCGUCCACGAAUCGUUAUCCGAGCCUUCCCAGUCGGAUGUCGCUGAUUACCUUCAAGGUUCGCCUGAAGGGCGCUCAAAAAGGGCAUAGUCUUCUGAAGAAAAAGGCAGACGCGCUUCUCAUUCGAUAUCGCGCGAUCAUGCACGAGUUGCGCAACUCCAAGCUGGAGAUGACGGACCAAAUCAAGAACGCCUACUUCACCAUCACCAAGGCGCAGUUCAUUCUGAGCGAUAUCAGCCUCGCGGUUCAGGAAUCGCUCAAAAUCCCCACCUAUUGCCUUCGAUUGAAGAUCGAAAACGUUGCCGGGGUCAAAGUCCCGAGCCUCCGCGCGGAGGACGAGAAAGAAGAAGAAGGAGUUGGAGGCGGGGAAAGUAAUCGCCCUGCUGGUGGGAAUCUCGCCGCGGGGAUUGGAAAAGGUGGGGAGCAAAUCCGCGAAGCCCACAGCGCCUUUCGCCACACCCUCGAUCUUCUUGUGAAUAUCUCCUCCUUGCAAUCGAGCUGGGUGACGUUGGAUGCCGCGCAGAAGGUGACGAAUCGCCGGGUGAAUGCCCUCGAAAAAGUCGUCAUCCCUCGUCUGCAGAACACCCUGAGUUAUAUCACCUCUGAGCUCGAUGAGCAGGAGCGGGAGGAGUUCUUUCGAUUGAAAAUGGUGCAGAAGAAGAAAAAGGCGUUGGCGCUUGAAAAAGAUAAGAAGGGCCUCCGGGAGGGGAAGGCAUUCCUGACGACGAUUCGGAAAGAUGGUCCCCCCUCCUUUUUGGAGAAUCCCGGGGUGAAGAAUAUGAUGAUGGCGGAAUUUGAGGAUGUCGUGGAUGAGGCUGAUUUGGUUGUAUGA